UCAUCGGUGACGUCAUGCAGCGCGGGGUUCCCCUUUUUCAUUUCCGGGUUUGACCACGACUUUGAGGAAGUGUGCACGUUUUCUGAGACCUUCGAUGAAUAUGGUUACGGCACAUAGCUACAAAUAGUUCAAGAGAAGACUCAACCAGUGCAAGAGUUAAAGGCCAGUCUUCAGAGGCUAAGAUUAAUAAGAGUUGAAGGGUUUGGAGAGUUGCGACACCAUGCCGCUCCCCUCCCACCAGCCUAUCAACCCGUCCAUCAACAUCUGUGACAUCAAGCCGUACUCCGUGUUCAAGGAUCUGUGCAAACUGCUGGACCAGCCUCCGUGCAGCUGGAGGAACCUUCUGGAUGUCAUCCCCGACAAGAUAUAUAAGAAACAUGAGAUUGAGCAGCAGUUUGGUUUAGCGACUCUACAGAGUGGAGGCAGUCCCAGUAAACUGCUGUUACAGGACCUGGGCAGGCGGGGGAAGACUGUACGACAACUCAUCUCAUACCUGGAGAAACUACAACACGAGAGGGCACUCAUGCUCCUCAAACAAGAAGAAGCAUUGCAGAUCACGCGGCAGCCCGAGGCUGUAUCAGCCAUGGAGGGGGACACGGUAGAGCUGAAGUGUCAGGCGGUCGGCUUCCCGUAUCCACGCUACCAGUGGUACCAUGGCAACCAGGAGAUCGCCAUGGGAACGGACAGUGUGCUGCGGAUCGAGGAGACCCGUCCUAAAGACGCGGGGCAGUACAUCUGCAGGAUCCACAAGGUGUCUUCCAAGGACCCCAGGAAGCCGCAGAGCUACGUCUUCACUGAGUGGGUGGAGCUGACGGUCAUUCCUGCAACAAAUGCCUCGGCCCAGUACGAUGACCCCCCCACCAUUGCCGUCCAUCCGUCCCCGGUACGAGUGGAGAUGAACAGACCCGUGAGUCUGUCCUGUGGAGCGCGGGGAAAACCUGCGCCGUUCUACCAGUGGUACAAGGACAACACGCUGCUACAGGGGGAGACCAGGAGGGAGAUAUAUUAUGACCAGGCCAAGGCGUCUGACCAGGGAGUGUACCGGUGCCGAGUGUGGAACAGGGGAGGGGAGAGGUGGUCACAGGGAGCUGAGGUCACUGUGGUGGUACCUGCUGUGAACCAGUCCUGUGCUCCAGGUAUCCCAGAGAUUGUGAUGCCGCCAGUAUCGGGAGAUUGUGUUCUGGGGGGGACGGCUAAGUUCAUUUGUGAGGCCCGAGGGCACGGACAGCUCAUCUACCAGUGGUACAAGGAUUACAGACCUGUCCCUGGAGGGGACCGCAGUGUUCUAUGGAUACCACAGGUGACGUUAGACCUGCUCGGCUCAUACCAGUGUCGGGUGUCGAAUUCCGCGGGGGACGUCAUGUCCAAACCUGUGUCGCUCAAGCUGCCAAAAGACGACUUUCCAAUGGGCCCAGAAAAACCAGUUGAACGAUAUUAUGCUACAGACAAGGUUGCUCUUGUUAUCGGCAACCAAGAUUACCGCAACCAGGAUAACCUGGAGGCCUCCAUCAACGAUGCCUACACCUUGUCCAACAUCUUAAGGAAUGAGCUGGACUUUAAGGUGGUGGCGCUGACCAACCUGGACCUGCAGGACAUGACCAACGCUGUCCAGGCUUUCUGUGAGCUGCUGGACGAAGGAGUUUAUGGUGUGUUCUACUAUGGAGGCCACGGCUAUGAGAACAGGGGACAGCAGUUCAUGAUGCCGAUCGAUGUGCCCACCACGUACCGGGCGGCUGACUGCGUGUGUGCUCAGAUGGUGCUGAAGAAGAUGCAGGAGAAAAGCACGGGGCUAAACCUGCUGCUACUGGACAUGUGCAGGAUGAGGAAUAAGGACUGUUCCCAGCCACCCACAGAGGAGUGGGACAUCGACAGGCCCAGAGGGAACGUGGUGUUUGGCUUUGCUACUUGCACGAAUGCAGAGGCGUUUGAAGUACACGGAGAGAGAAAUGGGAUCUUCAUGUCGUACCUGAGGAGGCACAUCACCCAGCCACUAAAAGUCACACACAUGCUGGAGCAGGUCCAGAAAGGUGUUGGACAGGACAAACAGGCGUCACAUGUCCAGUUCCCACAGAUCAGUUCAGACCUGCGCGAGGACAGGACGUUACGGGACCCGAUCAGCUUCCACGGUCACACGCAACAGUUCUGUGUCAGGAACCAGAGGUGGGCGGCGGCACAUGAGCUUCCAGAGGCCAUCAACUUCGAAUUCCCGAGCUGUGGAGUUCACGUCAGGCUCGGCUUCUUUGCAGAGUUCUCCAAUGUCAUGGUCAUGUACCUGACCGUACUGGACCUGGGCAAAACACAGCGAUGUCUCCCGUCUUUAAGGGACUUUCCUCCGGGGGUUGAAAUUGAUGUCAAGUUCUCGAACAAGGACAAAGUUGAGGACAUAGGUUGUUGCAGCAACAUCUUGACUAACUUUCCAAACCCACCAAAGAACAUCAACUGUGUCUUCACGCGAGUCAUGGACAUUCAGAAGAUCAGGGGUGAUAACCUGGAGUUGUCCCUGUUCCUGGACUACGUGAUAGAUGGACGGGAGCUACAAGAGAGCCACCCCAUCCUCAUCCCCAAACCUCUCGUCUCCAAGAUGCCCAUCUGGCAGAACCCCCUGCCUCCACGCCCCCCUCCAGGCUUUGCCAACCCCUCCUUCCAGCAGUACCCCCCUGAGUUCUACCCCCCUCAGCCCUACCCAGAAUAUCAGCUGGGCCCCAGGAUUGCAAUGGAGUCAGAGUGCGACUUUGAUGACAAGUCGCUAGGCGAUCUGAACCUCAAUACUUAGGGUGCAGUCGCUAUGUUUGAUGAAUUGUUUUUUCCUUCACUGGAAAGAACGUAUUAUAAAAUGUAGUAAAAUACAGUACAGCUUGCACUGUAAGAAAGAUAUUAUCAGCUUAAAUUAAGUAACUAAAGGUAAAAUUGUGAAUGGACCAAUUCUGUGAGGACCCUUUCUGUUGUACAUGUGUGUCAAGCAGAUUAUUCUUGAGUCCUGCCUUCAUAGAUUUGCCUUUAGACAGGAUUUAUUUGUAGUAGAGUCUGUAGGAUAUUUUUUUUAUUUAGUCAGUUAUGUACAUGACUGUAUAAGACAUGUACCUGUAGUCUUGAUAUAAUAAAAAUAUGAUAAAAUAAUAACUUAGAUAUUGCUACUUAUUCUAUUUUUAACAAAAUACCACUAAGUAAAGCAAUUUUAAGGCCUGUCUGUCUAAUUUUAAUGUUGAUGAAUCACACUAAAUUUCAUGAUAUAUUAUUAAUAUUGAUCAAAUGCUUGGUACACUAUGUCCAGCCACUGCUUAAUAUGUUUAUCUAUAAGGACCAUUCAUAUCAGUCUACAAAGACAACGUUUUGUCAUCUAGUUAGAUAAUACAUUUUUCUGAAAAAUAAAUUUAUAGACAGUUUUUGAACCCGUCUUCUUUUCGUGUAUGGUGACAUUUCUAUUUAGAGUUGUUAAGUGUAAGUUUGCAUUGUGGGUUUGUUGUUUUGAUAUUCAUUUCCUAGCAUCAUUUGUAAUCAUAUAUUAAUGAU